AUGCGUAAUCUGGUCAACACAAACGGCAUGACCGGAGUGACCGUCAGCGGGUGGAAGCGAGAGACUGGGAGAGUAGAAGACGACGGCAACCUGGAGGUAGCUGAUAUAAAAGCUAGUUUGGCGAAGGCCAUAGAGGCGAUUGACAAGCGCCAGAAGUUGAUUAGGCUGGCAGAUUCCAGUUCGUAUGGUUGGGCGACCGUAUCUGAGUACAAGUCUCACCAGCUAGCUGACAACGAAGAUGACGACGCCAAGAUCACCAGAACGGAGAACAGGGCUGCAAGGAAGGCCAAGCAAAAGAGAGCAGCGUCAACGACAACGAAUCAACAACAGAAGAAGACCAAAUGGGACAGCAGCUCUUCGUGGGCGUCUACUAGCGAUAGUUCUUUUCGUCGCUCUUCCCAAUCUUACCCCUACCUUGCCGGAGUGUCAAAAUUCCAAGGGGGAUCUUGCUUCAUUUGUGGCAGCUUUGCCCAUUGGAGAGCGACCUGCCAGGAAGAUUUGCCGUCAGCAAACCAGCAACUGCAACCUCCUCAGCUACAAGCCAGUACAAUAUUCACAAAAGUAAUCCGGCCACUCGUCAAAAAGUGGAGAAGUGAAGGAAAGUCCAUUGUAGUUUAUCUAGAUGAUGGGCUUGGGUUUGCAGCCACUCUCCCAGAAGCCCUGGUGAUGAGCGAAGAGAUAAUAUUCAACAGUGGAAUAUGGCGAGAGAAGCAUGAGGUCAGGGAACAAGACUUGAGGGAGCUCGCUAAGGAAUUACCCGACAUCGUCCUCAAAGCUAGAGCUGGACUCUACUGUGAAGUAGUAUUCCUAUGCCUUCAAUAACUGGCACAAGUGGGCAUCGAAUUAUGGCAAGAAAAGCAUCGAGGCUGAUCCUUACGAUGUGGUGCUGUAUUUGAUCCAUCUGGGCCGUUUGAGCAAUUCUGCAGCAUCCAUAAUUAAGGCAGUCUCGGCAAUAUCAUGGGCACACAACACAGCUGGCAGCAACGAUCCAACCAAAACAACUUUGGUCAAAUCUGCAUGGGAAGGUUUGAAAAGAAAACUUUCCAAGCCCACCGUGAAGAAAGAGCCCAUUACCCCAGCAAUUCUGCGAAAUAUGGUUGAUUUGUAUUUAACCUCAUCAUCUGAAUUAAACACGGACUGGGCCAGUUAGGCAUCCUUCAGAGUUUAGUACACAGUUUUUCUAAUAAACACCACAAAACGCUAAUGGGCCUUCCAAAUCCUUAGGCUAAUGUCGGUACAUCUAAAAAGUACUCAGAAAUGGGCCAUCUACAGCUUAAAAAAACAACGUUAUACGCUUAAAAAGUUUUUGGAUAUACGUAACUUUGACUAAGCGUUUUUUUGUCUGUUUGGGUACGCUUCUGGUGAAU